AGCGCGCGGACUUUGCAGGACUCUGUUGUGCAGGGAUUGAGCAGAGCACAGGAGCAGCUCAUAACACAGAGGUGUUGAUGUGUGCUGGACGCUGUCCACUGGAACGAGUCCAUGCUGACGCUCGGCUGGUGACUCCCAGUUUUGUGGUAAAGGUGUGGUUGUCAUAGUAACCAUGCCUGCGAUGUCCGUUUAUUCUCCCGGACCUUUCAUCGUCCUUCUCUCCGUCUCCCUGUAUCCACUCCUUACAUCCCAGCAUUCCCUGACCUCUGACCCCAACCUCGUCACUUCUCAUGCUCAACAGUGCAGCGUGAAACUGCAUCCUGUUACGUCUUAUGAAGCUCUCAGUGCAUGGCUCUCAUCCUUCUCUAUGCCUGGAGUGAGUGAUUACUCCCAGCUCGCUUUAGACCUCAGCAGGAACCAGCUGAUUGUUGGAGCCAGGAACUACCUGUUCAGACUGAGUUUGGCUAAUGUUUCUUUACUUCAGGGCAUGGAGGUUGGAGUGGACGAAGACACACGCAGAUCUUGUCGGAGUAAAGGGAAGACAGAGGAAGAGUGUCAGAACUACAUGCGUGUGCUCCUCCUGAGCGGUUCUCGUCUCUUCUCCUGUGGCACUAAUGCAUUCUCGCCUGUCUGCACCGCCCGCUCUGCCUCCGAUCUCGCCCAUGUGAUCGAGACGGUGAACGGGGUCGCCCGAUGUCCUUAUGACCCCAAACACAAUUCUACCGCCAUGAUAACGGAAAGUGGUGACCUCUAUGCUGCCACAGUCAUUGAUUUUUCUGGCCGUGACCCCGUGAUCUAUCGCAGCCUGGGGAGCAUGCCUCCUCUCCGCACAGCUCAGUACAACUCCAAAUGGCUGAACGAACCUCAGUUCAUCUCAGCGUACGAGGUAGGCCGCUUCACCUACUUCUUCCUGCGGGAGGUGGCGGUGGAGGAGGAUUGUGGGAAGGCGGUUUUCUCUCGGGUGGCGCGGGUGUGUCAGAACGAUGUAGGCGGUCGGUUUCUGCUUGAAGACACAUGGACAACGUUCAUGAAGGCCAGAUUGAACUGCUCACGCUCAGGUGAUGUGCCUUUCUACUACCACGAGCUCCACAGCACCUUCUUCCUGCCAGAGCAAGACCUCAUCUACGGCGUCUUCACCACCAACGCUAACAGCAUUGCUGCCUCCGCAGUGUGUGCCUUCAACCUCAGUGCCAUCACUCAAGCCUUCAAUGGUCCAUUCCGCUACCAGGAGAACCCUCGAAUGAGCUGGCUCUCCACCCCGAACCCCAUCCCCAACUUUCAGUGUGGGACAGUAGGUGAUAGUGGCCCUGGUGGAAAUCUAACAGAACGAAGUCUGCAGGAUGCUCAGAGACUCUUUUUGAUGAGUGAAGUCGUGCAGCCUGUAUCUGUUGACCCCUUGAUCAGCCAGGACAAUAUGCGCUUUUCCAAACUGGUUGUGGACAUCGUGCAGGGCCGUGACACGCUAUACCACGUCAUAUACAUCGGGACAGAACAUGGCACCAUUAUCAAGGCACUCUCCACAUCCAGUCAAAAUCUGCGUGGGUGUUACCUUGAGGAGAUGAAGCUCCUUCCAGCAAAUCAGCAGGAACCAAUCCUUAACCUGCAGAUCCUGCAGAGUGACAGGUCUCUAUUUGUGGGUUUGAGCAGCAGAGUUCUGAAGAUCCCACUGGAGAGAUGCUCCAGCUAUGAAACCCAACGGGAAUGCUUGUAUGCGAGGGAUCCAUAUUGUGGUUGGGACAGGAAACAGAGACGCUGCACUACGAUUGAAGCCAGCUCCAACAUGAGCCAGUGGAGCCAGAACAUCACACAGUGUCCUGAGCAAAAUCUUACCCGAGAUGGCGGCUUCAGCCCGUGGUCAUCGUGGAAGUCAUGUACCCAUGAUGACGGAGGUGAAAGUUCAAGUUCCUGUCUGUGUCGCUCUCGUGUGUGUGAUCACCCAGUCCCUCAGUGUGGGGGGGCUGAGUGUGUGGGACCCACAAUGGAGGUGACCAACUGCUCCAGAAGUGGAGGUUGGACUCCAUGGUCCUCCUGGGCUCCGUGCAGCACCAGCUGUGGUGUCGGGUUCGAGGUUCGUCAGCGUUCAUGCAGUAACCCCACCCCUCGACAUGGAGGGAGAGUGUGUGUAGGCCAGACACGAGAAGAGCGGUUAUGUAAUGAGGACUCUGUGUGUCCUGUGCCCAUGUCCUGGGCUCAGUGGACCUCCUGGUCUACAUGCACAGCAGUGUGUGGCGGCGGUUUCCAGUCCCGAGUCCGAACCUGUGAGAAUGGAAACUCCUGCCCUGGGUGUCCUCAGGAGUACAGAACGUGCAAUUUGGAGGCAUGUCCUGAGGUACGUCGAUACACACCCUGGUCUCCAUGGUACCCGGUGAACGUGACAGUGGGCGGAGUCAGACAGGAGCAGCGUGUGAGACACACCUGUCGAGCGCCGCUGGCUGACACACACCUCCUCCAGCUGGGCAAACGCAAAGCGGAGACGCGUCACUGCCCGCCAGCUGGUGGAGCGCCAGGAUGUGAGACUGACGAUCUGGUACAAGACUUAGUGAGUGUGGCACAACCUUUGACCCCAGUGCAGGGGGUCACCUGGUUGCCAUGGGAGCCAUGGUCUUCAUGUUCCAAAGAGUGCUCUAGAGGGUUUCGGACCCGUAAGCGCUUGUGUGUCAGUCCUGAUGGCAAAAGUUCUGCGUUCCUGUGCAGUGGAACACCAGUGGAGUAUCAGGACUGUAACACACAGCCGUGCCCAGUGAAGGGGGCGUGGUCAUGCUGGUCUUCCUGGUCUGAAUGUUCUACUUCCUGUGGAGGUGGGCAUUACCAACGCACUCGCACUUGCUCAAACCCCGCCCCAUCCUACUCAGGGGACAUCUGCAUCGGUCUGCACACUGAAGAGGCUCUGUGCAACAUGCACGAGUGUGAUGGUGGAUGGGGGGUGUGGUCAGAAUGGACCGAGUGUGAGGAUGAGCUUCAGUACCGCACUCGAGUUUGUGAGAAAAGCCCCGCCCCCUGUAAAGGGAACCACACGGAUCAGAGGCUGUGUCCUCCAAAAGAGAGUGCAGUCGGCUCAUCAGGAGGGAAGAAAGGGUUAAACUGUGGAGGUUUCUCCCUGUUCCACCUGAUCCUGACGGGCGCUGUCUCCUUCCUGGUAGCGUUGCUGGGAUCCGUUCUUGUUUACGUGUUCUUUCAGAAGGUCUAUAAACCCAUCCAGGAGCCUGCGGUGAUCCAUCCCAACACCCCCAACCACCUUCAACACAAACACAACACCAGCACGCCAAAGAACGAGAAAUAUACUCCCAUGGAGUUUAAGACGCUGAACAAAAACAACUUGCUGCCAGACGAGAGCUGUAACUUCUACCCUCCUCCUCCGCCACAGACGAACGUCUACACCACCACAUACUACGCUCCUCCAUUGGGCAAAUACGAUUUCCCGUCUUUAGACUCACCCUGCAGGAACUACAUGCACAGCUGAACCCAGACUCACACCUUCUGAACUGUGUGUUAUCGCAGGUGCAGUGAUGCAGCGUUAGCCGUGAGGCAUUGGAGUGUGUGGAUGUUCAAAAGAGCUCAGAGUUCUUAAAACUGGAAGGAAAAGAUAACAAGGAUAAAAAAAAUCUGAGGAUGUGUACUGAGUGCUUUACCUUGUUCUGGACAUUUGGACAAGUUGAUUGAUGGAUGGUGGUCCAAAAGGCAUGAACACACCACCACCGGAACGGAAUACGGAAACUUGUCCAAAUGCAACUGAACCAAGACAGUCUUGGGCAGGAUACACAGAUCUUUGAGUCUUCCACAAAGACAAAGACCUUAGGAUGGAAAGUUCUGGUAUUCCAGUCCUCACUUUGCUCUCAGCCUGAUAGGACUUGGGAUCUGGCAUGGUGUUCACACUAGACAGUGCUGUUUUGUUAAUUACCAUUGUCCUCUGAGCACCAACAAUUGAUCCAUUCACGCUUUGACUGUGCAACUGCAUCACAUUUAAUUCAUGAAUUUAUGAAGAUGCUGUCAUGAUGUAAGCAGCUGUACACUUUUUUUAAGAAUCUCACUACUACUUCAUCCACUACCUACACAUAAACGUGAACAUCCCUGGGGUCUAAUGUAGCUUUUAGCAUUAAAUGGAGCCUCAGGAUGUAUGUAAGAUUCACACUUUAUACACAGAUACACAAUUGAUUUUUAAAAAUUUUAUUAAAAACCAAAUCGGUGUUGUUAACUCACACUCACACAUACAUCAUACACCCUACUGAAGAUACAAUGCAACUUAUUGUACACACACACAAACACACACACAAACACCAAAAAGUAUGGUAUAUUAUGUGUGUAUAAAAAUGAGCGAGUGUGUAUGGGCGUCUGUGUGAUUGUGAUUUCUGUGUGUAGACUUUUAUUAAAUUAUUGUAUAUACACAGUAGGAGCCCAGAAACCAAACUGACAUUAAGUGUGUUACAGUAAAACGAUUGUGUUAUUACAAUGUAGCUAACAGUGUAACUACAAUGUAAUAAACAUCGUGUUAAUUAGGGGGUCAUCGAUACCAACACUGAUACCAUACUCAUACACACUCGUAUUUGACAAAAAUAGUGUCCACAUGAUACUAUGAGACGUAAGGCAUGUGUACGUUGUUGUGCUAAUGAACCGAGGACUCAGAGGAAUGGCAGUGAUCUGGAUGUACAGUCAGGUUCAUAAGUAUAUGGACAGUGACACAAUUUUUUGUACUUUUGCCUCUGUACACCACCACAAUGGAUUUGAAAUGAAGCAGUCAAGAUGUGAAUGACGCGUAUACUUUCAGUAUUAAUUCAAGAAAAUAUUGCAUUAAUAGUUUAGGAAUUACAGCCAUUUUUUUUUUACAUAAUCCCUCCAUUUUCACAAAAGUAAUUGGACAAACUAACCUAAUCAUAAAUAUUAGGAUUAUUUUUUAAUACUUGGAUGCAAAUCCUUUGCAGGCAAUGACUGCCUGAAGUCUUGGACAUCAUGAGUUUCCUUCUUUGAGAUACUUUGUCAGGCCUUUACAGCAGCCGCUUGCACUUGCUGCUUGUUUAUGGAUAUUUCUGCCUUAAGUUUAGUCUUCAGUAAGUGAAAAGCGUGCUCAAUUGGAUUAAGGUCUGGUGACUGAUUUAAGAACAUUCCAUUUCCAAGCUCUUGGGUUGCAAAGCCAUUGUGGUGGUGUACAGAAAAUUGUGUCCAAUACUUAUGGACCUGAUUGUAGGCUAGGUGAGAAAAAAUAUCUACAGACAAUGUUAGGUGAGCGAAAAUAAUAGCUGUUACCCGGCAUGUUGUUCGUGACAAUCAGCUGCUUGGGAUUUUGAAGCAAUGAAAACAAUGUUCAGCUGAACAGAAGUGCUUUAUCAAAGAGAAACAAAUCCUGCUCUUCUCCAUUGCAAAGUAACUAAUGUAGCUAGAUAAUGCACUUCAUUUAUAAACAACUAGCUAAUGUUAUAAAGAACGAGUCUAUAGUAGCCUAAGUGCAUGAAUACACACACGGGCCAAUAUUUCAAACAGUGAGCUAAAUAAAAUGUUCUGUGAUGUCCCUGACUGAUUAAUACUACUCAGUCAUUUUGGUAUCAGUAUUGGUAUCUGUAUCCAUGACUACCAAUAGACAUGUACUCAUAUCCAGUUUGAGAAAAUGAUAUUGAUGCAUGCCCAGUAUUUCUACUUACUGUGUUUGCAAGGCAGGGACACUUUCCUGUUUCCUCACACUUGAUUUCCUUUCUUCCCUUCGUCUCUGAGACAAGUGCAGCCCAAAGCACUUAACACUCACUCGAGGUGAGAGGCUAUGAAUUACACUAAUAACAUUUUAGAAAUAAUUCAGAUCAAAGUAAAAACUUUCCCUUUGAAGUUCACUGAGGGAAUAUAUUGGGAAAUCUUUAUUCAAACUGCCAACUGAUGAUAUUGAAUGUUACAGCAGCUGACCAAUCAGCAGCUUCGCCUAAACUCACACUGAGUGGAACCACACGCUCACUAGGAUCUUAAAACACAAUCAUUAUAAACACACGCUUGCUUGCUGUACAGUUUCUUCCUUCCUUCCCCCCCCUUCCUCUUUCUUCCAUACUUACAUCCUCUCUCUCAUUCUUCCAUUCUCUCUCUCCCUUGCUUCUUCCAUUUCUUUCUUUCUUUCUUUCUUUUAUUCCUUCCAUCCUUCUAACCAUCUGAACAUGUGAUGUCCCAUGUCAAAUAGUCAAUAUGGUAUUUUGAAAACAGCUCCAUCAACCAUGUUAUCAGAUGGUGACAUGACCAUCAGCUCACAGGUCAGUGCUGCUCUUGAUGGUGACUUGAUGCUCAUCUAACACUUAUCUAACAAACAUCACUUGAGCUUAUAGUUAUGGAACUAUAUAGUUAUAUUCUCAACCAAAGGGAAGUGAAGCGUGCUAUAAAACAGUAUUGGAAUGUGGUGUGAUGUAUUGUAUUUCACUCUCUCGGAGACUCCAGCGGUUGUUUGAGCUUCCCUAUGCAAUAGCGGCUCCUCAUCACACCGUCACUGCCUUUCUACACACUGUGAACUUUUGCUAUGUUCUAUUUUUGUAUGCUGCGCAUCAUAAACAAUAAACUUCAAGUAAACCUCA